CGCGUCAUAACGCGGACCAGAAACGUGCAUCAUCAGCUGUCACACGAGUGUCUGCGCAGCUCGUAACAGGAUGUCGCGCAUAUGGACUGGCGGUCAUGCCACACCUGUGCUCUGUGCUGGAGUUUCCUCUGAAUCAGAGCAUGUGGUGGCAACCGGAGCAGAAGGAGGUGAACUGACCCUGUGGAGUCACGACGGAUCGCCGGUCUCUAAACUGCACGUGAGCGCUGAUGAUGAUGUCACGUGUGUCGCAUUCUCACCGUCGACACCCAGCGUGCUGUACGCCUCUCACGGACGGACAGUUAGUGUACUAGACACAAGGAAUCUGAAAGCAGCUGUGACAGAACUGACAGACGUGGGUGAGGAGGAGAUAAACUGGCUGUCUGUGAACGAGAGCGGUGCUGUGCUCGCUGUGGCGGAUGAUUCCGGAGCCGUGAGGGUGGUUGAUCUACAGCUGGAGAAAGUCAUCAGGACGCUGCGGAAACACGACAACAUUUGCUCGUCCGUGACCUUCCGACCUCACAGGCCUCAGAGCUUAGUGUCUGCAGGACUCGACAUGCAGGUAUUGCUGUGGAACCUGCCAAAGGUGCGUCCGCAGUGGACCUACUGUCUGCAGGACACGCAGGAAGAAGAUGCUCAUCCCCAGAAUGCGGGGCAGAUGUUCAACCCUCCACUCGCGCACUGCGUUGAUAUUGCGUCCUGCGGUAACGUGUUUGCCUGUGCUGCUGAAGAUGGCUGCAUCCAUCUUUUGCGGGUGUCUGAAGACUCUAGGCUCAGAGAACGAGGGAUGUUCAAGGCUCACAGUCAGGGAGCAUCGCAGGCACACUUCAUCAGCUUCCUGUCCCACCCGUACUGGCUGGCCACAGGAGGAAACGAUGGGCUCGUGGCUCUCUGGGACCUCAGUGAAGAUGCUUUGGUGGUCAAUGAGAGGAAGCGUAAGAGCCACAAAAAGAGACCUAAAGCCAGAGCGAAGGCAGUGUGUCAAGUUCAAGGAAGUGACAAAAACCAAAAACAACAGAUGAGUGGUGCGGAAGCAGAAGCUGGCAGUGCUUCUUCUAGUUCAGAGACACAUGGAAAAACUGUGCCAAAACUGUCUUUUAAUCAUGGUGAGAAGGUGAACUGGGUUUGUCCAGCCGUGUUGAAGGGAAAGCCGAGUCUGCUGGUAACGGAUCAAAGUUCCAGCCUAUCUGUGUAUUCACUGGAUGAACUAUAAUGUUUGGGAAUGCAAAAAUUGUAUUAAAUUAUGGCUUAAAUUUUGCCUUUCUCAGUCAUUUAUUGCUCAUCUUUUGGUCUGAUUUUGGCAUUUUUCAGAGUGACUAAAAUGGUUGCAUUUCCUGUGUUUUACUAUUGAGUUAUACUUUACUAUUUUAUGAGGCCAUGAGAGAGAAUUUGUAGAUGGCAGGAAAGAAACACAAUUGACCCUUCGCAAAAACCCGCCCUCCUUAGUUACUUCUGCUCUCUCCGACAAACAAUGCCACUCUCACACUACACAUAAUGUUCUCACAGAGUGAAAAAUACAUCAUGGCGCAGGGCGGAGACUGAUGACAAACCGAAAGACAAGACAGAGCAGGUUACUUCUGGUAUGAAACAAGGUCUCAGCUUUAAAAUGUUUGCGUGAAAUUCACACAAUAAAUAGAGUUUUGUGGCUCUUUAAUGUGUUGUGACAGAUCACUGUAUUGCCUUAUUAGAUCAAUCGAAACGUGAACUGAUUGUCUUUUGACUGUUUGCAGAAAAGUCAUGAAAUUUGACAAACUUGUUGGAGAGAUUAUAAAUAUACCUUUUUAAAAAAUUGAGGUCUCUAUCUCAAACCCUUUAGCACCACCAAGAGCUCAAAUUUACAUUUAUGAUUUCCAUUUUAAUUUUCAGAAAGUUCUAACCUUUACUUAAAACAUUUUAUUUCAACCGCAGAAAGACGUCAAUACACGCACACCCCCGGUUUCACAGACAAGGCUGAGCUGAUUUAUCUAAAGAAAACUUGCACUGACUGAUCUUGAAAUAUGUCAAUGCCCUUGUUUAGUCUCGAGAUGCACACCAGUGAUGUUUUUUCUAAGGCAUGUUUGUAAAAAUUAUUUUAAUGUCCUAAUUGAACUAUGGCCUAAUCCUGUCUUAUCUGUGAAAUCAGCAAACCAAGUUUAAGUCCACCAGUUAAUCUACUCUCUAGUCUGAUUUGUCGGACAGAAUGGUGGAUUAGGCAUUAUGAUUGGUCAGAUCACCUGUCAGGGUCAGUUGAUGUUGUAGGUCACUUGACAAUGAUAACAUGGUGGAGUAUGUAGUAUGCCCAGAUGGUAAAGAAAUUGUAUGAAAAAUGUAUGGAUACUACGAAAAGAACACCAAUGAGAAGUAGGAACAAGAGCAGUAGACCCUGGGCCUUAAUGAAUUUUGGAGCAAGCUAUCAGUUUUCCUUAUGAGUAAAAGCUGUUGUGUUGAAGUAUUCAUAGAACGUCACUGGGCGUGCGACUUUAAAAAAAAUAUUUAGGAGCACCAUGUGCGACUGACCCCAUCAGCAUAUUUGUGUUUGCGCUUCAAAUAGGAGCUUCAAAGGUUUCUGUGUGAUUUUUCAACGUUGACAGAUAUAUCUCACAAAUUCUUUCAUAAACAAAGUGCAGAGAGAGUGUAAAUAAGAGAUUGAUUGUGCAGUGUAAAGAGCUUAGUUGAUUAUAAUGGAACUUUGUGAUUUUGCAAUGAACUAAGAUGAGUGACAGCUUU